AUGGCUGAUGAAGGGUUGAAAGAUUCUAAAGUUAAUGAUGGCCAGAUAGAUGAGGAUCGUCUAAAUGAAGAAGAUUACCAGGAACCGGAUUGUCGUAGUGAAAAUAUUUCUGAAGAUAUCACAGAUACAGAGAUCGAGUGUUUAAAGAAGGAACUGCAAUCUGAGAUUUCAGAGUUGGAGUGGGAAUUCAAACAAGCAAAAGAGUCACUAUAUAAUGAACGUAUAAUGCAAGUAGAGAAUAAAUUAAAUCAAGCGAAAAUGGGUACUGCACCUGAAUUUCUUCAUGUUUUAUCCUUGGUUGAAGAGACGUAUAAAAUUCGAUUACAGGUGGCAAAACAUAGAAUGGAAUUCGCUUUGGAAAUAACUAACAAAGAGUUGGAUAACGAGUUACAAAUCAUUCAAUGUGAUGUUAAUGAGCGAUUAUUAGCAGCAGAAGAACAAAUUCGAUUAAGUCUUCAAGAGAGUUUAUGUAAACUUCAGUAUGAACGAGCUGCUCACCAAAAAAAAGGUUCUAAAGAUUCAGAAAAAGAAUAUACCAAGUCUUUUGAUCAAUAUGAUAAUUAUCUUCCUAGUCCCAAUCUUGAGCCUCGAAAGAAACCAGUUACACUCUCCCCAUCUACUCCAAGACUUAUAUAUCAAAUACCUGACAAAGAUAUUCGUUCAGAUGUUGAAUUAAUUUUAGCAGCUGUAAAGAAACAUAAAUUAGCCUUUGCUAUGUCACAGCUCAAAAACGGAAAGAUGAAAUAA